AUGCGAGGCCACGAAGGCUUUGCUACCAUUUGGAUGACAGAAAAGCGUCACGUGGACGUACGGACAAAAGACGUGGCAGGAAUCGCCCAACGUGGUGUCGUGGGUGGAAACUCAAGUGUAAAGUCGUUGCGGGAUUUGCAGAUGGUCGUAAACGCCAAACCGGCUCGACAUGGUGGUCACAAACGAGCCGACAAGCUCCUUCCAUUGACGAGUUCGGCAGCACGCUCCUCCCCUCUUGAGAGCUACUGA